AAUUAAACCUGUUAUUAUAGCAGAUUGAAAAAGUCAUGUCAUUUUUUUCGUUAUCAAUUUAACGACUGCUUAAAUUUCCUUCUCUUGACUAUCUGACUCUGUUUUAUUUUGCUGCUAAUUCAUUUCAAUUUCGUUUUCUUCGCGGUGAUCUCGAGGGAUAAUCUAAUCUAAUCAUCAGGCCAUGGCUGUUGUUGAGAAUGCUUCGAAUCAAGACACGGCGGCUGCAACACUGACGUCAAUCGACCAAGAUCAGUCAAAGCUUCGGUCAACAACCGAUCUGAGCUUACACGAAAACGAUCAAGGGAUGUACAACAAGAUCGUUGGAACCAACGGUGGUGGUGGUAAAGAUGAGCUUGAGGAUAGUUUCGAAAGAGAUAGGAGAAAGUUACAAGAACUGUUCUCUAAGCUUAACCCCAUGGCUGAAGAGUUUGUACCUCACUCGCUUGUUAACAAUGGACUUAAUGGUGGGUUUCACACUAACAAUAUUGCUUUACAAAACAACAAUAACAACGUCUCAAGGAAUGGUAAUGCUAAUUGCAAUGGUGGUGGUAAAAGGAAGAAAAUUUUCGGUCAAGGGACACGGAAAUUGAACAGCAGGACAAGUAUAGCUCAAAGAGAAGAGGUUAUACGUAGGACUGUUUAUGUGUCUGAUAUCGACCACCAGGUCACGGAGGAGCAGCUUGCCGGUCUAUUUGUGAGUUGUGGGCAGGUGGUUGAUUGUCGCAUAUGUGGUGAUCCUAACUCUGUACUUCGUUUUGCUUUUAUCGAGUUCAUUGAUGAAGAAGGUGCGCAAGCUGCACUGAACCUGGCAGGGACUAUGCUUGGAUUCUAUCCAGUUAAGGUGCUGCCUUCGAAAACAGCUAUUGCACCUGUUAACCCAACAUUUUUGCCGAGGAAUGAGGAUGAGCGUCAAAUGUGUGCGAGAACUAUCUACUGUACAAACAUUGACAAGAUGGUUACUCAAGCUGAUGUUAAACUCUUUUUCGAAGCAGUCUGUGGGGAGGUUUAUCGCCUGAGGUUGCUUGGGGACUAUCAGCAUUCAACUCGCAUUGCUUUCGUCGAGUUUGUAAUGGCUGAAAGUGCGAUUGCUGCUCUCAACUGUAGUGGUGUGUUUCUGGGAUCAUUGCCCAUAAGGGUCAGCCCAUCAAAAACCCCAGUUCGUCCACGAGCUCCUCGCCUUCCCUCGUACUAAAUCGUUCACUCCGAACCGAUUUUAGUUCCAAGUUUAUAUAUAUAUAUUUAUUUAAAUACAUACACAGCCAUGUAAAGAUUUUUCCCCAUGUUGCUCUUGCUGAUCUACAUAUAUAUCGUCCACUGCUGCUAUGCUUCGGCAUCUUCGUUUACCAUAGGAGUCUUGUCUUUUGUUUAUCCACGCAACUUUGCGGUACGUAGAGAAUUCCGAUGGACACGAGAAAAUCACGAGCACCGAGAAUCUCAGAUAAAGGAGAAGUAUAGGGUUCGAAGGGGCACGAGAAAAUCACGAGCACCGAGCCUUUUUCAGAUUUAGUUAUUGUGUUUAAAUAGUUAAAAAUUAAAAAUUAUUUAAUUUUAGUUGCAACAUUUUAAAAGUAUUAGUAAAUAGAGGAUAAAUGCAUUUUAACGCA